GUUGUCAUUGUUGGCAUCCAUCGAGAGAGGUUCGGCGGAGCACUACUGGGCCUACGAAUAAGCUACUGUCAACUUAUUCUCUUCUCUUUAGUCUCUACAUGUGGUGUCAUCUCAACAUCAAAAUGAAGUUUGCAGCUUAUCUAGUCCUGUGCUUUUUGGCAACAUCAGCCAGAGCCCAGACUGAAGGUGCAAAUGUGCGACUGGUUGAUGGAAGUGCUUCAAACGAAGGAAGGGUUGAGGUUUACGCCAACGAAAGAUGGGGUACUGUGUGUGAUGAUUCGUGGGAUGAUACAGAUGCUACAGUUGUUUGUCAAAGUCUCGGCUUUGAGUCUGGAACAGCAAACACAAACGCUCACUUCGGAGAAGGUUCAGGUGAUAUCCUGCUAGAUGAUGUAUCAUGUACAGGAGCUGAAUCUUCUCUUCUGGAAUGUUCUAACUCUGGAAUCGGCUCUCAUAACUGUGGACACUAUGAGGAUGCGGGAGUCACAUGUUUAGCAGUGCGACUUGUUGAUGGAAGUGCCCCAAACGAAGGAAGGGUUGAGGUCUACGCCGACGGAGGAUGGGGUACUGUGUGUGAUGAUUCGUGGGAUGAUACAGAUGCUACAGUUGUUUGUCAAAGUCUCGGCUUUGAGUCUGGAACAGCAAACACCAACGCUCACUUCGGAGAAGGUUCAGGUGAUAUCCUGCUCGAUGAUGUAUCUUGUGAUGGAGGUGAAACUUCUCUUCUGGAAUGUUCUAAUCCUGGAAUCGGCACUCAUAACUGUGGACACCAUGAGGAUGCGGGAGUCACUUGUUUACCAACAGAAUUAGUGCGACUGGUUGAUGGAAGUGCUUCAAACGAAGGAAGGGUUGAGGUUUACGCCAACGGAGGAUGGGGUACUGUGUGUGAUGAUUUCUGGGAUGAUACAGAUGCUACAGUUGUUUGUCAAAGUCUCGGCUUUGGGUCUGGAACAGCAAACACCAACGCUCACUUCGGAGAAGGUUCAGGUGAAAUUCUGCUCGAUGAUGUAUCUUGUGAUGGAGGUGAAACUUCUCUUCUGGAAUGUUCUAAUCCUGGAAUCGGCACUCACAACUGUGUACACCAAGAGGAUGCGGGAGUCACUUGUUUACCAACAGUACGUCUGGUUGACGGUUCCUGUGCCGGCGAGGGUAGAGUCGAGGUUUACUAUGACGGGGCCUGGGGGACUGUUUGUGACGACCUGUGGGAUGAUACUGAUGCGACCGUUGUCUGUCAAAGUCUUGGGUACACAUCCGGAAUAGCGGUAGGAAAUGCAGGAUUCGGAGAAGGGACUGGGGAGAUACUUCUUGAUAAUGUAGAAUGUGCAUCCACUGAUACCGACAUCUUUGACUGCCAAAGCAAUGCUAUCGGAGAUGAUAAUUGUUUCCAUUCUGAAGAUGCGGGAGUGACGUGUUCUUAA